GUUAUUGAUGAGUCAGAGUCGGUGUCAAAUUUGUCCUAGGGAUUUUUUGACAACCCAAAAACUAAAAAAACCGAAUAUUUUUGUGUAAUUUAAGGAAAAAGGUGUGUUUUUUUAAAUCACUGAUUAUUUAUUGUUAGUUUUUUAUUCAAAUUAUGGAAGCCUACGACGUGAUUGUUAAUCAGCCAGUGGUAAUCGACAAUGGCACAGGGAUUAUUAAAGCAGGUUUUGCCGGAGAUCAAAUACCAAAAUGCAGAUUCCCAAACUAUGUUGGCCGACCAAAACACACGAGAGUUAUGGCUGGCGCUCUAGAGGGAGAUCUUUUCAUUGGCCCCAAAGCCGAAGAACACAGAGGCCUUCUAUCUCUUAAAUAUCCCAUGGAACAUGGUAUAGUUACUGAUUGGAAUGAUAUGGAAAAGAUUUGGAGUUACAUAUACAGUAAAGACCAACUCAAUACAUUCUCAGAAGAACAUCCAGUAUUACUAACUGAAGCGCCUUUAAAUCCAAGGCCUAAUAGAGAAAAGGCUGCCGAAAUUAUGUUUGAAACAUUUAAUGUGCCCGCCUUGUUUAUUUCAGUGCAAGCCGUACUUAGUUUAUAUUCAACUGGUCGAACUACAGGAGUAGUUUUAGACUCGGGUGACGGUGUAACACAUUCAGUGCCUAUCUAUGAAGGAUUUGCCUUACCUCAUAGCAUCAUGAGAUCGGAUAUAGCUGGUAGAGAUGUUUCUAGAUACUUAAGAUUGCUUCUACGGAAAGAAGGCAGCAUUUUUCGGACAACAGCUGAGUUUGAAUCUGUGAGAACACUGAAAGAGAAAGUUUGUUACUUAGCAAAUAAUCCAGUCAAAGAAGAAUCUGUUGAAACUGAACCGCUCAAUUAUACUUUACCAGAUGGUAGUGUAAUUAAAGUUGGCCAGGCUAGAUUUAGGGCUCCAGAAAUUUUAUUUAAACCCGAUUUGAUUGGUGAGGAAAGUGAAGGUCUUCAUGACGUCCUCCUCUAUUCGAUUCAAAAAUCAGAUUUGGACCUGAGGAAAGUCUUAUUUAAAAAUAUAGUCUUGUCUGGUGGAUCCACACUUUUUAAAGGCUUUGGUGAUAGGUUGUUGUCAGAAAUCAGAAAAAAUUCUCCAAAAGAAGUACAAAUUAAAAUCUCUGCACCACAAGAAAGGCUCUACUCCACAUGGAUAGGAGGUUCGAUUUUAGGCUCAUUGGACACCUUCAAGAAAAUGUGGAUUUCAAAACGGGAAUUUGACGAAGAAGGGCAACGUGCAGUACAUAGAAAAACUUUUUAGGCUUUUAUUAAUUUAGUUUAAUUACUAAUUUAUUUUCUUAUAAUACGUACUAAAAAGAUAAAAGAAAAGGCAAUCUUGUAAAGCAACGAUUUCAGUGCUUUGGAGGAUUGUAUUAUAUAUUAUGAUGCUAAUAUCUCUCUUUGAAAUGUGAUCACUUUUAUGUUUAAGUUGCAUACUUUUUUUAAUUAAAUGUGUACAAGGUGAUUUUUUUUUCAGUUUUAAUUGAGUUUGUCUUUAAACUGUCAGCUGUACUUGUUAAAAUAUAACCUCCUACCCCUGUUGAUUUUUGGAACAAUUAAAAAAAUAUAUAUAUGUAUUGUGCUUGUAAUUUAUUCAGUAAAAUAAAAUUGGAAUUAUAAAAGUAAAGAAUAUUUAUAUGUUAUAAAAUAAUAUGGAGAUAAGAGAAGUCAAAGAUUACUUUCUAAAGUUUGAAGAAUAUCGAAGUUAUUUUUUGCACAAUAAUAAUUGUAUGUAUUUAGUCGCUUUGGAUGAUGUAAUGUUUCUUACAUUUCGUUUUAUAAUAAAAUAUUGUUUAAAAAAAAAAACUUGCCUAACUAAAAAUCCCACAAAUUUACUAUGAAAAUGUUCAAUACAAAAAAUCGCUUACAACUAGUACAAAAUCAUGAAAAAAAACUUAAGAUACAGUUUAAUCUAAAUAAUAGUAAGUUUUGUUCUGGUCUGAUUUACUUGCCAAACGUUGAGUUCUUCAUAUUCUUCGAUACAAGAAUCAACCUGAUCGGGAUUGUAGCCUUUGCUAGCACAUUUUUCAAGUACUUGAGAUAUUUUAACUGUUUUUUCGCCUCCCGCCAAUUCUCCAAUAAUGUCGAAAAUUUUAUCAUUAACGUUUGGUGGGCGGUAACCUUUGUUCUCGAACGUUUGAUUUAGAGAAUCUUUGCUCAUUUCCAUUAGACGGAUUGCUUCAUUGACGUCACCCUUUUCAACAACAUUAGACAAUCUCAAACGAGCUAAUGCAGUUGACAACCUCAAAAUCCCCAAAAGAUUUCUAGCCGAUGUAAAAGUCAUAUCUCGCGAAUUUCUAGCCUCCUGCCUCAACUCCACAUACGCCCCAACAAUAAAUUCUGUCAAUUCUUCAGGUAUCAUUGGCUCCUUCAAUUUACACAAAGCAAUAUAUUUCCUCAUGACUGACAUAUUCAGAGCUUCGGUUUCAGUUGGAGGUUGUUUACAGUUCUGGUGUACAUAUGUAAUGUGCUUGGCCAGUCUUAAGUCAUUGUCUCUGUCCGCUUUGUCUUGAAUUAGCCACAGAAGAUCGAAACGCGACAAAAGGGCAGCUGGUAAUUGGAUGUUUUGUUCGAUGGUUCUUUUUGGAUUGUAACGACCGUACGCAGGAUUAGCAGCUGCUAGGAUUGAUACACGGGCAUUGAGGCACGUCAUUAUAC